ACGCGGGAGGCGCGUGGCAGGGAUGGCGCUGGCGCGGGCCUGGAAACAGAUGUCCUGGUUCUACUACCAGUACCUGCUGGUCACGGCGCUCUACAUGCUGGAGCCCUGGGAGCGGACUGUGUUCAAUUCCAUGCUGGUUUCCAUCGUGGGGAUGGCACUGUACACAGGAUAUGUCUUCAUGCCUCAGCACAUCAUGGCGAUACUGCACUACUUUGAAAUUGUACAGUGACCAAGAUGUGACCGAAAUCAAGACGUUCUUUAGGGAAGAGCCACCGUCUGAAGUUGGAACGAGACUUCAUCAGAUGUCAUAAGAAACUCUACUAGAUGUCAACAUAACCAACCCUCUGAAUAUAAAGACUAAAAUUUAUAAGUAGAACAGGAAAACAAUCCUGACUCAUGUGUUGUGUUCUUUAUUUUUAAUUUUAAAAGAGGCUCUUGUAUAGUAGUUUUUGUCUAUUUUAAC